UGCAACUUUGUUGUUGGUUAAUGGUAACGAUUAUAAGUUUAGCAAGUACAUGAGUAGGCAGUUCGUCAAGAAGAAAUAAUAUUAAUGAUGUUCAAUAAUACGUUAAACAUUGUAUCAUCGUUAAUAAUUUAUUGUGCAUUUUACAAAGAUGUUUUUUUAAAAUAUUAUCAUCGAUACUUUACGGUUCAAUCAAAUACGUCUCUCGUUUGAUUUAAGAGGUUAGAGCAAAACAACGUCAGUCGAAUUUAAUACUGCUGACAAAAUACUACUGAUAAAUUUUCAAUUUUUAUCGAUAUACGUAAUAUACUAAGUCAUUUUGUUUUCAUUGUUUAUCAAUGAAUAUAAUGAAUAAUUGUACGGUCUUGAAAAAUAUUAUCGAAGUAAAAAUAUAUACUUUAUAUUGAGUCAUGUGAUUAAGAUUCAUUUCAUUCACUCGAUCUCAAGUUUCUUAUGACGAGACUAGAUAUUAUGUUGUGUUUCCGACAUGGAAUGGAGAACAGUUGCAGUGACGAUAUUAGUAGUGACACUUUGUUUCUUGGCCAUACCAAUUCGCAUUGGCCCUGAUAAUAAUAACGAAGAUAUCAAGUUGUUCGAGAAUUAUGUCGCGCGGUAUAACAAAUCGUAUAAAAACAAUCCAACCGAGUAUAGUGAUAGAUUCGAACGAUUUCAGAGAUCUUUGCGACAUAUCGAGAAAAUGAAUGGUUUUCGUUCGUCCCAGGAAAGUGCUUUCUACGGACUCACGGAAUUUUCCGACAUGUCGGAAGAUGAAUUUCUACAGAAAACCCUUUUUUCUGAUCUAUCGGAAAGAGGAAAAAAGCAUGCGAACGCGAGCUAUCAUAACGAACAUCGUAAGAGAAAAGAAAGAAAUCACUUGAAAAAAAGAACUAUAGGUAUACCACUGAAAGUAGAUUGGCGAGAGAAAGGUAUAAUAUCUCCUGUAAAGAAUCAAGGAUCCUGUGGUGCUUGUUGGGCCUUCAGUACUGUCGAGGUAGUUGAAUCGAUGUAUGCCAUAAAAAAUGGCAGUCUACAUGUUCUAAGUGUACAGGAGAUGAUUGAUUGUGCAAGGAAUACUAAUCUCGGAUGCGAAGGUGGAGAUAUUUGCAGUUUGCUCGCUUGGUUGAAAUUAACGAAAUCGCCGAUAUUACCGGAAUCUAAUUAUCCGCUCACACGAAUGACCGACACGUGCAAGCUAAAAGGAGCUACCGCGAAAAUGAAAACAGGUAUCAAGGUGAUGGACUUUACCUGCGAUAGCUUUAUAGAUUCAGAAGAGGAACUUCUGAUAACAUUGGCCACACACGGUCCUGUGGCUGCCGCGGUGAAUGCAUUAUCCUGGCAAAAUUAUUUAGGUGGUAUAAUACAGUAUCAUUGCGAUGGUGCUUUUGCCAGUUUGAAUCAUGCUGUACAAAUAGUAGGUUAUGAUAAAUCCGACACAAUACCUUAUUAUAUUAUCAAAAAUUCGUGGGGUCCAGCUUUUGGCGAUAGAGGUUACAUAUACAUCGCUAUUGGCAACAAUCUUUGCGGUAUCGCCAAUCAAGUUUCAGCGUUGGAUAUCAUCUAUAAAUAAAGGAAUAUAUAAUGAUGACGUUAAUCUAUGAUCACCAUAUAUUUACGUAUAUGGCAUUUAUUGUUAAAAAUUAGUCUUUAACGUACCUGACUAAUUUGUGAUUGAUUAUAAAGAACAAAUUGAAAUAUAUUUAUCAUAUAUAAUAUAUUUGAUCAGUAUUUCUGAUCAGUGUUGGCAGAGGUCUUAAAGUUCAGAUAUAUAUGUACAUACACAUACAUACACACACAUACACACACACACACCUUAUUGUAUUAAUAGAAAUUAAUAACUAAGCUGUUCUUAGCAAUGGCAAUUACUCAAAAUUUUAAGAUAGGAUAAAGAUUUUAUUUAGAAUGAAUAAAAAGCCAAACAGAUUUUACAAGUUUAUUAUAUGUUACAAGCUAUUUUAAUUUAUAAUAAAGAUAUUACUUAUUUAUAUAUAAUUGAGGAAUGAUUAAAAAUCGGGUAACUUGAAUAUUACCGCAUAAAUUAUUACAAGUUUACGAGCGUUCUAUUUUAUUUUCAGCAUUGUUUUGAUUGUUAUCGGUACUCCAACCAUUCCAAGAAAUUGAAAGUCUUGUUUUCAUUUGCUUCGUUAAUGGUGGUAUUAAAUGUCUAGGUAUUAAGAACGUAGACAAAUUGAACAAGUCUAGGAACACUUUGUAUCUAUCGCUAUCAAUUGAAACGUACAAUGUUAAUAAGUUUUAUCAAAUGUUCAUUAUACAUAGAAUAUAGAAUAUAUAUACAGGGGCUCACAAAAUUCAUAAUUUCUCCGAUUAUUUUUCAUUAAUUGUGAGUUAUUUAACGAUUAAGUCGAUCAAUCCUAUGUGCGUUGCAGCGUAGUAUUGAUUAAAUUGAUCGAACGAUAGAAUGAUAAAAUGAAAUAAAAUGAAAGCAUGUAAUUUGUGCCGGUCAGUUUUAUGAAUUUCCGACAGUUGUCGUUGUCGGCUCUUCCUUUAUUCGAGCUAAAAUAUUUGUUUAAUUUUGGGACACCCCGUGUAUAUAUAGUACAUAUAAAAAUCCUUAUAUCGAUUAGUUACCUCAAUGUCGAUUUCAGGUAUUGAUAGCCGGAAGAUCCACCAGUUCCAAGUUGUUGAGAACCGAUCAUCCUCUGAACCAUGAUGACGUGAUUAUCUAAAAAUAUAAAAGAUUUUGUAAUGCGUUAUUAAUCAUUCGUUUAGAAAAGAAGGGUCAUGUAGUUAAAGGUCAAUAAUAUAGACUAUCUUACACCUCCAUUUAGUAAUCAGAGAAUCAAUGUCCAUCAAUGCAGUCAGUAUUUGAUGGGGUUGACUGAAUCUUGGUUCGUCCCGAUAUAAUGUUAUCAUUACAGCUCCUUGCAAGGCAGCAUACGAGAAUCUUCGUUCUCCUCUUGAGACAAGCGCGUUAUGAAGAGAUUCGUUAAAGAUUGUUUCGAAAAUGGCUUGACGAGAUUGAACGUUGCUCGUAAGAUAUACCUUCAUUUGCUCCUCUGAUUGUUCCUGUGAUAAUAAGUUCAUUUCCUAUCUUUGAUAAAUCAUAUUUCAAACUUUCAAUUAAAAAUUUAAAAAAUAAACAUUUACCUGUGCGGUUUGUUCUUGUUCGAAGAGCAUUUGUUCAACGGCUCUCUUGUACUUUCCCCAAAAGUCAAAAUCGUAAGAUUCGAGACCCGGUGUCCUGGACAACCACUUUUGGACCAAGCAGCUGAGACUGGGUUCUUCCUCGGAACGUUUGAUCUCCUCAA